AUGAUGGAGAAGUUUCGCGCGCGCUGCUCAAUGGUAGAUCCUAUAACGAACCAGCCUCGAUUCGGCCCCAAAAUGCUGGCCAAAGUGCAGGAUCUGCUACAUCGGUAUGACAAUGUGAGACUUACGCUCGAAGAGGACGCCCCGCUGCCGGUCAACGAGGCUCAGCGAGUCGCUGAACUGGCGAAAGAACAGGAGAAACAAAGACUAGUUCAGGAAGCUGAGGAACGCGAAGUGGAGCAGCAAAGAGAAGAGCAAGAGCGGAUCCAAGCGCUGGCUGUUGCAGCGCAGAAGAAACGCGAGCAGCGCGUGCAGGAGCGCGCUGAGCAGGACCAUCAGCGACAGCUAGAAGAGCAGGAGCGCGAACGCUUGAACGCGUCGAUCCCGCACGGAAAAGAGGAACUUGAGAUGGCGAUUGCCAUGCUACGAGAAGGCACAGACAGCGAGACACUGUUUCGACAGUCGCUGCAGAAACUUCUAGCUGUGGUGCGCAAUAUCUGCCAGUCACCGGAGAACGCUGCGUUCCGUCAUAUUCCCAGGGAUAACGCGCACUUCCAUGCUGAUCUGGGCCAAUAUCCAGGCGGACAUCAGUGUCUUCUAGCCAUGGGGUUCAAAGAGCUUCAACAAGGAGACGAAACACAACCUCGAAAUGUCUUCGUGUUGGAGGAACCGGAUUUAUCGGAAGAUUUAGAUGCAUGGAGCUCUUGGUUUGAUGAGCUCAAGGAGCUGCAAAGUCUGGUGGAAUCCAAGAUAUAG